CAUCUUCAAGACCGAGUCUGGCAUUUCAACUGGGCUCUUUGAAUAAGAGCACCAGGGGAAUAGGGAAUGUGGAGAACGGAGGCUUUCCCCACCUGACAAUAUGCAUCAGAUCUGUGUGCAACACUGCCCCUGGCCCUUGAUUCCUUUCACAUUCACAUUUCUAAUUUCCUCCCAUGAUCCUCUGGGUUACAGUAAAGCACCUGUCAGAAUGAAGUUGAGCUGUGUCCUAACAUUGGGUCUAGUUUGUAAUGAGUGCUCACGCCUACGUGUGUAGGAAUCACUCCUGUACAAGACUGUGGUGACCAAGGCCAGUCUAAGCCACUUCUUUGCAGAUCAGCUGGAAUGACUGCAGUGUGAGCGCCGGUCUGAACCAGCUGGGACACUUAUGUUCGGCCUUCCUCUGCUGCUUUAUUCAACUGGAAUUUGUUCAUCUCAGUAAAUUAUGUGGCACAGAAAGCACUGUUUGGUGUUUAUAAAGUAGGCGUAUAUUGGGCAAACUGAUAAAAUAAACCUGCUGUUAUUACUGAAAAAUCAUCAAAUACUCACAGCCCUCACUUUAAUAACAGAAAGCAGACAGCUGAACUGACCUUUCCCAGUUGCUCUCUGACCUCCACAAGGAUGGCACAUUGACACCUCCAUGUGCAAAGGUCAUGUUUAAGAAGUCACAGAUCCCAUUACAUCACUGCUGUUAGCCCAACCUCUACUUUCUCUGUAGAGCCAGUCUGUCUCACAAGGACAGUGGCUUUUUCCAUCAGAUGCUUCAACUGUCCACUUGUAACAGAAAUAAGAUCUUUUGGUGGUGAGUUAGUGGAGAAAUAGCUGACACAUUCAGAAUGGUAACUUACUUUUAUUCUAACAUUGAUAAUGUAAAAAUCAUGAUACAAUGCAAGUAACAAUUUAACAUAACUUUUGUUUGUUCUUUCUCCAUGUAAAUGCUUUUAAAAUAUAUAGGUCGGAGGCAUAAAAUACAACCAAAAUUAUUAUUCAUCCACAAACUUCUUCACCUUGCAAAAAAAAAAACCUACACAUUUAGCCUCCGUAUUCUCUCCCAGCUUCUAGCGUCCACUCUCUUUCUCCAUACAGGAACUGAACCACAUCCUAUUCGUCAUUUUGUGGCUGAACUAUUGUUUCAUUUAAAUUCCAAAAUUAAUCCAUGUUGUAUCAAAAUAUCAAGUACCUCACUUUUUCAGGCUAUAUAAUACUACAUUAUUUAUUUGUUUGUUCAUUUAUUUAUUAAUUAUUCUUUAAUCUUUUUUUACAGUCCAGUCUUUAUCCCCUCCUGGUUGGCUCUCUGACUCUUCCUCAUCCUAUAACUCCUCCCCAGUCGCCAACAUGAUGCCCCCCCCACUUCCACCCCAGCAGAUCUCCACUUGGUGCCUCAAGUCUCUUUCGGGUUAGGGUCUUUUCUCUCUGAGGCCAGACCAGGCAGUCCUCUGCUGCAUAUGUGUCCGGGUCUCAUAUCAGCUGUUGUCUGAGAGAUCUCAGGGGUCCGGGUUAGUUGAGACUGCACGUCCUCCUACAGGGUCACCCUUCUCAGCUUCUUCCAGAUUUUCCAUAGUUCAACCACAGGGGUCUAUUUUCCUGUCCAUUGGUUUGGUGCUAGCAUCUGUACCUGACCCUUUAAGCUGUUUCUUGGGCCUCUCAGAGGGCAGCCAUGCUAGGCUAUCUCAGCAUACCAUAGCAUCAGGAUUAGUGUCAGGCCUUUUAGACUUCCCUUGAGCUGGAUCCCAAUUUGGGCCUGUCACUGAACCUCAUUUCUCUCAGGCUCUUGUCCAUUUUUCUCUCAUAGUACUAUAUUCUAAGGGGGAAAACCAACCACAACAGUACAUGCCUCCCCUAAGAGAUUGUUCAUUAAUAUAUCAUUCAAGAAAUUACAUGAGUGCUUCCUAAACACACAACUGUCCAUAAUUGGUCUAAUAAGUUCAAGGAUACAGUUGGGCUCUUCAAGAAAUGUGACUUCUCUGACUUCCAUUAUUACAUCAGAAGAAAACAUUAAUGCUAAGAAUUGUUCUCUUUUUCUAUAAGUAGAAUCAAAAUCAAUCACAUAUCAAUUUUUUUAUCUUUUCAGAGAAAGAUUCUCAGAAUUUUUGGCUUCUUUGGAUCUGUUUAUUAUAGCAUGGUUAUCCUGCGCUUGGCUAAUAUCCACUAACCAAUGAGUACAUACCAUACAUGUCCUUUUGAGUCUGGCUUACUUCACUCAGGAUGAUAUUUGCUAGUUCCAUCCAUUUGCCUGGAAAAUUUCAUGAUGUCUUUGUUUUACUGGCUGAGUAGUACUCCACUGUUUAAGUGAACCAGAUUUUCCUUAUUCACUCCUCAGUAGAGGGAUGUCAACAGGGAAGGGAAGGUGGACUGAGAGGAGGACCUGCCUGAGAGGGCACUAGGGGGAGAGACAGGCUGAUAUUGGGCUGUAAAGUGAAUCAGUAAAGAGAUUUUAAAAAACAAAAUCAAGACGAAAAAUAACAGCAUUGCAUUAAAAAUACUUUAAAAAGGACUUUUCUUUUACUUGCCCCCACAUACAUACAAAUAUUCUCUCUUAAAAUUAAAAAGCAAAAGCAACUAACCUUUUAUCCUUUCCCAAUGUUCAGCCAAGUGUGAGAAAAAUCACAUGUAAAAAUAUAUGUCUAGAAAUAUGAGUUGUGGAAAACAGGCUCACAAGAAGCAAAUAUACUUCAUAUAUUCCUACAGAGCACUGUGUCUGACAUUGGUCUUUACCCAAAGAAUCAUAGCAACCACAGUGCCCCAGAGCACCCACUCCUACAUAAAUGCAUCGUGCUCAGUCUGUACAAUGAUUCCUGUAUGUUCAAGUUUUCACCGUGCUCUUGGAUGAGCAAUCGAUGUGUUCUUCCCUGGGUAGACUUAUCUCUUCUGCUGUCACUCCUUGGGUAUCUGUGGCUCUCUGUGGAGGGUUGAGGCCUUCUGGGCUCUUCCCUUCCCACGUUAGCCUGUCCUUUGGUGUCCCUCCAUCAGCCUGUGAUUUGGCAGCCGUGUUGGGGAGACUUCCUGGCUGUAGCUUCUGUGGAUUCUAGGAGACACAAUCUCACAGCAGACUUCCUGCUCAUGUGCUCUUCAGUCUUCCUGCCUCUUCCACAGAGAUCCUUAGGUGUAGGAGUGGUGGUGUGCGAUGCCUUAGUUGGGGCUGGGCUCUGCAAGUGCUGUGGUUUGCUAUAAGGAUCGCUGUCCCUGUUGCAAAGAGAAGUUUCCUCGAUGUAGGGUGAGAGUUGCACUCAUGCAUGGGAGUAAGGGCGCACAUUUACAGUGGAGUCAGGGGUCGUGCUGGAUUAGUAAGGUGGCAGUGGUCGGUUCUCCUCCACGAUCCAUGAGUUCACUAGCUCAGUACAUGGCUGGGUUUCCAGGAUCAAACAUGAUGUCCUUCAAUACCAAUUAGAGACUCAUUGUUUCCUGUGUGUAUUAGGAAGUAGCACAGAGCUGCCAAUCAUGCAUUGGUGUUGUGCUAAGGCAACACUGCGUCGCAUUCUCUGCUCUCACAUUCCCUGGCUGUUCUUCCUUCCAUCUCAAGCUCGUCCCGCCCCAGUCAAUUGCACUCUCGUUUUCCACCCUGUGUUUUUCUUUUCCUGCAUGUGAAUGAGUGUGGGCCUUGGGUGUUAUACAUUAUCAAUCUCCAACUUGUUCUGUUCAGAAAGUGUGUUCUUAACCUGCCUUGCAGUUUCAUCUACACUGGGUGCCAGCAAGCACAGUGAGUAAUCAUUCUGUUCUGUCCCUUAUUGUACUGAGAUUACUCAGGGGUACACAUCCCAUCCCUAAAUUUCUUUACGGACUAAUGAAAGGAGAACUCAGAUUCUGUGUCUAUACUACUCUUGCUCUACCCAUUGGUCCAUGUUUCCAGCGCCUGGUAAUUUUCUUCCUAAGAGCUUCCUUUCCUUUGGUUCCUUUAGGAUUCUUUUGUUUUAUUGUUUUGGUUUGGUUGUUUUUUGUUUGUUUCUUUGUUUGUUUUUUGAGAUGGGGCUAUGUAGACCUUGCUGGCCUCUAACUCAUAGAGAUUGACCUGAAUCUGUCUCAAAGGUACUUCGGUUACAGAGGAUUCCUUUCAAGAAUCCUGUUUUGUGCUGUGACUUUAAGAGUACUUGGUCUUUGAAGACAUUAGGUAUGGGCCAAAGAGAUGACUUGGCAUGGAGAGGCACAUCUUUCAAGGAUAACAGACAGAUCAAACCCUGGAACCCACUUGAGAGAAGAGAAUUACUGUAACCUGAAGGGACUCUACCUGCCCUAUGUGUCUUGGCACAUAUGGGCACACACUAAAAUACACACAGUGACAUGCUCUAGAAGCUUAAUGUACUAUUUCAAUGAGUAAGUGUACACACACACACACACACACACACACACACACACACACACACAGACACACACUUGCAUUCAUGGGCUAUUUCCCCUCAAGGCCUCUGUCUCCCCUUGUUUCAGUUUCCCCCAUAUUUCCCUGGUCUUGAUCUUGGAAGGUAGACACUUUUCUCAGAAGCACGGGUCUUGCUCACCUGUUCUUCCUGAUACUGUGAGAAAGGACUUCUCCAGGACCUACCCAAGGCCCUUGUCAUCCUGUGUUAGGACCUUUCAUUUUGCCCAGGCUGUCCAUGUUGCCCUGUUGACUUGCCCUUCUUCUGGCAGGCACAGGCUGCCCUUUGUCCUCCUAGAGUGCAUGCCCCCUAGAGUUUAUCUUUGAUUUCCCCACAAAAGAAUAAACUUUUAAAAUUCUACUUCCUGUAUGUUGGUGCCUACAUGGAUAUUUCUUUUUCCCUGGGACUGAAAAGUCUGCAUCUCUGUGGUGCUUUGUAGCCCAUGGGUGCUAAAUAAAGACUCCUUACUGACACCUGAGUUUAGGGUCUUGAUUUUGUGUCAUUUAAAGAUAGUCCUGGGUAGACCAAAGGGUGUGUUACCAGUUUCAGGAGGACAGAUCAGUUGUUCCUUAAGUUAAGCACAGGCAAGGUCGGGGUGUCUGCUGUGGUUUUUCUCAAGCUGAUUGAUGGCUUUUUGGAGUUGUCAACGUGACACACCUGGGAAGCAGAACCUUCACCGUAUUUGCCUUCAUCAGAGUGGCCCGAGUGACGUUUUCCUGACUGGGUUGAUGGAGGGAGGGACAUUCCAGGGAGGGCAGCUCCAGCAUGGGGCAGGUGUGUGUGUGCUGUAGUGCACAGCAGGGUUAGGGAGCCAAGGGAAGCAUCCAGAAAGCCUCCUGCCCCUGCUUUCUUCCUUCUUCUCUGCAUGAUGACUGGAGCCUGUUAGUCAUAUAAAGCAUUUCCUCCCCUAAGGUAUUUUUGGCCACAGUUUCCUCACAUUGGCAGAGAAACCAGUCCUGAGCACUUUUAACCUGACUAUGCAGUGUUGAAAAUCUGCCAGCAUGCACUGCUCCCAGAGUGCACUCCCUCCGGACUGGGUCUUCCCGAUCACCACACAAGCUUACAGAAACGAAACUAAAAGCUAGAAGCAGAACCUGUAAACCCUAAACUAGAAACUCAGUUGCACUUCCAGGAGUGCAAGUGCCCAGUCAUGGCCGAAGAGACAGCACCACCAUGUGGCCCAGUCUCAACUGGUGGCAGUCUGUCUCCAGAGAAGAUGGAGAAGAGGACAUGUGCCCUCUGCCCUGAGGGUCAUGAGUGGAGUGUGAUUUACUUUGCACCAUCAGCAAAUAUAGCUGCUCAUGAAAACUGUUUGCUGUAUUCAUCAGGACUGGUGGAGUGUGGUCCUCAUGAUCCACGUAAUCCAGCCAGAAGCUUUGCUGUCAAAUCAGUGAAGAAAGAGAUCUGGAGAGGGAGAAGAUUGAAAUGCUCACUGUGUAACAAAGGAGGUGCCACCGUGGGAUGUGAUUUGUCAUCCUGUAGGAAGAGUUACCACUAUGUCUGUGCCAAAAAAGACCACGCAAUUCCUCAAGUUGAUGAGGAUCUUGGAACUUACAAAAUAUUUUGCCCAGAACAUCCUCCACAGCAAGAAGAGACCACUGAACGUGCUGAUAGUCCAAGCGUGAAGAAGACAGGAAAGAAGAAAAGUCUCUCAUCGGGCCCUCCCACAGAGCCAAAAAAGAUGAAAUUCAGUAGCUUUAAAAGACUCAUGAAGGAAGAGCCUCACGGCCACAAAGAACACACAUCAUGGGCUGGAGAGAUGGCUCAGUGGUCAAGAACACCACUUCACUUGCAGAAGACUCAAGACUAUGAAGGGAUCGAGAUCUUACUGUUUGACUGUGGACUAUUUGGAGACAUACUAAGAAAAUUCCAAGAAGUAAUCAAGAGUAAAACUUGUGAAUAUGAAGAAAGGCUGAACCAGAUGAAGCAGAAGCUUGAGGCACUCGCAGACUUACAAGAAAACCUGUGCUCAUUUCAAGAAUGUGGGGACCUGGACCCCUCAGGCUCUACCUCAGGGUCCUUUCUACCUCCUGAGGACCACCAGAUCCAGGAGUCUCCUGAAGUGCAAGCAGGCUCAGGAGACAGCCUGUGACAGAUCCAGUCCCCUCCAGCUCUGACCUGCUACUGCUCAGCCAGGCUCCAUACCUGACAGGUUGUUUCUUGGCUCCUCUCUUGUCAUCUCACUUGUCCUGCCUUCUCCUGACAGUAACAGCUGUUCCUCAGGUCAACUGGAUCAGGCCCCCAUGUCCUCUAAGGAGCAGGAAGUCCUCCUACCUACCCUACCCACCCUAGUCAGGGGCAGCCACACCACAGCCUUUGCUCAUCCUUUUGUGGAAUCUUAGAGCUUUCUUCUUGCUUCUGCUACUCCUGCAGUAGGUCGUGUCAUCAUGGUCUCCUCUCAGUAUUAGUGACUUCAUCAGAAUGGAGCAGAGCCUCACUCCUGUGCAUAGCUCGCUGGUACCCUGGGUUUCUGCUCACUACCACCUUCCCAACAUUGAGCACACUUAAUAAAUGCUUGACAAAA